ACAAAUGCUGCCUAAAGCUCUGGUCCUCUUUUGUAUUUAAGCAAAUGAAAGUUCUACACUUGGAAUCUGUUGAUCUGAUGCUUUCAACCUAUUUGACUACGACCAUUAGAAAUAUAUUGUAAAGAAGUGAAAAGGGAAGUUGAAUAAGAAGUAGAAUCAGUUCAAGUGGAUUACAGUCAUGCUUUAAAAAUGUAUGCAUUUUCCCAAUGCUGCAUUUUGUUUUGUCACUUUCUAAAUGAACUAGUUUCAGCACCUGCACUGGAACGUUCGCCUACUCUUGAGUGACCCACAGGGGUUCGGGGAUUAGACAAGGUAAACAAUGGCUCUUACCCAUCUGGUCACCUGAUAACCAUCUGGUUAUCUUGGUUUUUCAGACACUACCACAAUGUUUGUGUUUAAAGGUUUUUGUAUUAGCUUAAUCUAUUGAAAAAUACUAAAACUAAAAACUUUAAUCAGUAAAAAGUCUUCCUUAAUUUUGCAAAUAUCAUUUCAUUAUUAAUUUUUUGAUGAGAAAAUCAUUAUGGUAAUACAUAGUUAUUUAGGAGGAAAAUGACAAGAUUUAUAAUUCUAGGCUUUCUUCCCUACUUGUGACUUUAAAGGAAAGACUUAAAUUUACCUAAUCUAGUUCUACAGAUGGGAUAUGAUGAGGGCCAGGAAUUACUGCUCAGCUAUAAUAGAAGCAAAGGGUCCCUUCUAAUAAGCAAUUCUCAAAAAAUAUUGACCAAGUGGAAAAAAUAUAAUCAUUCAUGAACUGCCCUUCAGGAUUAUUCAACACCUAUCAGAUCAGAAAGAGCUCAGGCAAUAUAAUUACCUGUAUUAAUUUUGUCAGGGUCUGGGGACUACUUACUGGCUAAUAAGUUAACCUGUUACUGUUCCAUGGAUGCUGACAGAAGGCACACAAGACUCUUUUGUCAGAGACAAAGAAUUUUAUUAUGCACAGCAGAGUAGGCAAUAUGAUCUUCAUGUCUGUGUCAGUCCCACAGGGACAGUGUGGAGGAGCCUACAUGCAGGUAGUGGCUUGUGUCACAGUGAAAAUCAGUGAGCUUGGGGAACCUACCGCUUUUAUAAUAAGCCUGCUCUUUUUCCUGGAGGGAGACGUUACCUUAUCGCUCAAGACUGCUCUCUGCAAACACAACCCUGAGAAAUGGUUGUGAGGUAAAGUGUGAUCAGAGCCUUGCAUCCUUGGCAUCCUCAGCAAGAUGGGUAGGAGCGGGAGAGAGACACAGAGGAGUGCCUCCCAACAAGCUUAACCUAGAAUGUCUCAGCUCUGUAGCCUUUUCCUGCUUGAAAUUUGCUUUAAGUUUGUACACAUGUACUAGGGUGGGGAGUUCUUAUAGCCAACUGUCUACUAAAAAUAUCAUUCUCCUUUAUCACAGGAUGAAAUUGGAAAAGUCAAGAGAGAUGUUAUAGUUGAAUAUUGUCAGAAGUAAGUAUAGUACAUGUGAAUAACACAUGCUGAUUUCUCUGAUUCUGAAUGUAAUAACUAGCAGUUUUAUUGGGUAAAAUCAAGUUAAACUGUCCUUUGACAUGCAUAAAAGCAUCGGAAGUGAAGGAUAGGGGUCGUUAUGAAGGGGUUCAUGCCUCUGCCUUCAGGCCAUAGCCACCUGACCCCAAUGGAAAUUUCUUCUUGAUAGAAGUACUCUUUCUCUUUGAAAAGUCCUCCAGGGAUGUGGAUCCUGGAGCUUCAGUGAGAGGUGGAAGAAUUUGGAUUCUCCGUCUGGACAUCCUGUCUUCUGACUUUCAGGUUUAACCACCGCAUGUCUCACUAUGCUCUUCGGGGUCAGAUCAUGGCAUACUGCAAUAGCCUGAGAAAUCUUCUGGAAGAUUUUCCUACCAUCAGGGACACCUUUUUCAUGGUAGGGCAACCACAAGAGAAGAAGGGGUUGAGAGACUCCAAGGAGGGCCUCAAGGCUGACCCCAGAUUUCAGCCCCGGCCACGAUGUUUGCUGUCAGCGAAUGGAAAAGUCUUCCUCAAUUUAUGGUUCAUACCCCAUUCUUCUGAAGUGCUGAUUAUGUUCAAAACUCUGCCAGAAAAGGCAGCUUUUAAAGCCUUAAAGCGAACUCUACAGCUGAUAGCUCCUCUGCAUGAUAUCGUGGCCUACCUUGUCAGUUUUGCUAAGCUUGGCAAUUGUGCAGCAUGUUUUGAAUUUCCUCUAAGUCCCAACCCUUUGAGAGGAGACUGGGGAGGAACUGAGGGCAUUGGGUCUGAGCUUCAAGAGCUGCAGAACAUGAUUGACAGCCUCCAGAGCCCCCAAGACCCUACCCGGGUGGCCCAGGCACUUCUCCUCCGGAGGGAGGUUAUGUUGUUGCAGUUUGACGCUGCAGUGAGGCAUCUCAUCCGAAGAACGUUUUUGGCAGCUGGAAAUGUUCCUGCCUACCAGUCUGUCACUGACGGCAUGUGCCAUGGGCUACCAGCACUGAGCAACUGUCUCAGGAAGAGCAUUUUUGCCUCGCAGCUCAGCCUGCCCCAGCCACUGGAUCCACGGAGCCUCCAGGCAUUUGAGCUGUUUCCUUGGAGAGCAUUUCUGGAAGAUGGAGGACUAUUCCCAGCUAUGAGUAGCAGCCCAGAUACCCUAGAAUAUAAUAUGCAGCCAGAUUGGUCCAAAGUGCCAGGAUUCAGAAGUCAGUUCCGAAACAGCCCAAAAGCCUCCAAGUUGCUGGAGGGCCCGUGCGAUGCGGUGAUGUCCCUUGCUUUGCUGAGAUCAUUUCUGAUACUGUGGAAGCAGCUGGAAGUGCUAAAGGAGCACUGGGGCCGACUCAAGCUGCAAGGCCAGGAUAUCAACUCUGUCUCUCUCCACAAACAGUUUUCAGAGCUCUACGAAACUGACAUUCUCUACCCCAGCAUGAAAGCUAUAGCUAGGCAGAUGGGGAAAGAAGAUGAAUUUGAAGGAUUUAUAGUAAAUAAUCAGUCUGUUCUUCCCCCCAGUGGAGCCUCAGAAAUUGAAAUAAAAACUCACCAGCUUCAAAAACUUCUGGAAAAUUUUGAAAUUCAUAUGAUCCAAGAGGUACUAAGAAAAGUUAACAGAGAGAUGACACUGCUUUUAUCAGAAAAGUCCAAGAAGGAGUGUUCUCUCCCUACAGAUCUCUGGAAACACCAAGUCAUGAAAGAAAACUUUUCAGUCUCAAGACCACAAAUAGCUGAAAAAUUUAGACAGAGAUUAAUGCAGAAUUAUCAGGAUCAUGGAGUAGAGAUCACUUUCAGGAAAGAUCACCUUGAGGCCUGCCUCCUUUCCCUGGGUUGUGACGUGAUGGCAAGAGAACGCAGCAACUUUGAGACCUACUCCACGUGCUAUGAGCAUGUGUUGCAUCACGCUAGGCAGAGGCUCAGCCAGAAAGAGCAAGAAUUAGAUGCUGCACGAAGAGGCCAGGGUCCGCCUGAAGACAGUGCUGGCCAGGUUGCAGAACUCAGUCAUGAUAUGAUCAUGGAAAUCACCGCUCUGAGAGCCCAACUCACAGACUUGGAAGAGGUGAAUCUGAAUCUCAAGAAGCAGAUUAGAAAAGAAGUCCAAGAAGAAUAUGAGGCAUUAGUCCGAGCUUUGUUUCAGACCUGUUUACACAUGAAAGAGAAGCUGGAUGAGAAUCAGCUUAAUUUGAUCCAGAAAGUGUGUGAGCUCAUCGGUGAAGUGAGAACAGAAGGGAUUGACAAUAUGAAGGACCUAAAGAAAAAAUGGGGCUCUGCCAGCCCUGAUGAAGGAAUGAAAGAAAACCCAGCCAAACAGGAACAGCUAUGGGCCUUGGAGCAGGACAACUGCAGCCUGGCCACCCUGGUGUGCAAAGUGAGGAGCCUGGGCCACUGGAGGCUGGCUGUGCAGCAGGCGCGCUUCCAGGCCCAGCUGAGCAGGACGGAGAAGGAAUCUAUUCAAAGUAAAAAAGAGUGUUUGCGCAUCAAGCUGAUGGCAGAGCGAGAAGUGGGUUUAUUUCGUCAGCAGAUCCUGGCUCUCAGGCAGGCCCUGGCCAGGGCUCAGGCCGACAGCGCGAGGAUGUGGAAGCAGCAGGACAGCCAGGCUCAACUGCUGAAGGAGUUAGAACAUAGAGUGACCCAGGAAGCUCUCACCCAGGAGCAGCUGCACUUCAUGAAAACAUCCAGGAUGGAGAAGCUCUUGGAAGAUGUGGGGCAGAAAGAACAGCAAUUGCAGCUCCUUAGUAAAGAGGCUGAGAGGGCUUCUGAGCUGGGCCAGCUGCAGCAGAAAAAAAUGAAGAGAGACCUCCACCAGAUGAGAAGCCGGCUUGCCCAGGAGCGCAGUGUGAAGCUGGAUGCUCUCCAGCGUGUGGAGGAGCUGCAGAGUCAGCUUCACGAUGCCCAGCAGUCAGCUGUCCCCACGGGCUCCUCAGGCGACCUUGUAUCCCAGGCUCAAUACUCCCCAACUUCUGCUUCCAUAUCAUCCAGAUACUCCCAGCAACGCUUUUUAAAGACUAAUCUCAAAGGCAGUAAAAUAACAAGAUGGAUUCCAAGGCCACAGACUGUACCUAUCAAACACAAAAAAAGGAUUGAUGAUGUUUUCCUACCCAAUAUGGCAGAAAAUGUUCAACUGACAGCUUUUCAGGUUCAAAUAGCUCCAUCCAGAUUCCCAUUUAGAGCUGACUGGUGAUCGUAUCUUCUUUUUCCAACCUUUAUUUCUACGAGUAUUUGAAUGAAUAAAAAUGACUCCAAAUGCCA